AGCAGUGUCUGAAAACAAUCUUACUGGUCAAUUACCUGAAAAUAUUUGUGUUAGUAGCUCACUAACCAGGUUUAUAAUAUUUAAAAAUAAUUUUGUGGGUGCUGUGCCAAGGAGCUUGAAAAACUGUUCUAGCUUAAAUAUUAUUAGUGUCCAUAGAAACCAACUAUCAGGAAAUAUCUCUGAAGAUUUUGGUGUUUAUCCACACAUGAACUAUAUUAACUUAAGCAACAAUAAAUUUUAUGGCGAGUUGUCUUGGAAUUGGAGUGCCUAUCGGAAUUUGACAGCGUUGAAGAUCUCGAACAACAAUCUUUCUGGCAGAAUACCGAUUGGGCUUGGAGAUGUAUCUCAUCUGCAAGAGCUUCAUCUGUUUUCAAAUCGCUUAACAGAGAACAUUCCAAGAAGUUUGGGGAAGUUGACUUUGUUGCUCGUGCUUAAGCUGGACAACAACUAUCUUUCAGGCAAUAUAACACUGGAAAUUGGUCAGAUGUCUAGGCUUCUAAAUCUAAGUUUGUCAGCCAACAAUCUAAGUGGCUCAAUUCCAGAACAAAUAGGUGAUUGCACACAAUUAUUGGAAUUGAAUUUGAGCCAAAAUGCGCUUAAUGAAAGUAUCCCUUCUCAAAUAGGAAACCUUCACUCGCUUGCUACUCUUGAUCUCAGUCAAAACAUGUUGGAAUCCAAAAUGCCACCAGAACUAGGAGAUUUGAAAAGCAUCGAGAAGAUGAACCUUUCACAUAAUAGGAUAUCAGGUUCCAUCCCCAAAACCUUUGAUCAUUGCUUAAGUUUGAUUUCUGUUGAUAUAUCCUACAAUCAAUUGGAAGGUCCUCUUCCCAACAUUACUGCCUUUCAAAAAGCUCCUUUCGAUGCCCUGAGAAACAAUACAGGGUUGUGUGGCAGUGUUGCUGGAUUGAAAGCCUGCUCGCUGUCAACUCAAAAGAAGAAUAGUAGGAGGACAGGUAAAAGGAUUAUUUUGGUAAUUGUUCUUCCAAUACUAGCAGCCCUGUUUCUUUUGAUUAUAGCUGUGGGAAUUUUCAUUCUUACAAGGUCACAUACAAAACAUGUAGAGAAUAAGCCUCAGGAAUUAAUUGGAAAUUUGUUCACCAUUUGGAGCUUUGAUGGGAAAUUAGUCUAUGAGAAUAUCAUUGAUGCAAUAGAAAAUUUUGACCCCAAGUAUUGCAUUGGAGUCGGAGGAUUCGGAAGUGUUUUUAGAGCAGAGUUGCCAAAUGAUCAAGUUGUUGCGGUCAAGAAACUUCAUACAACGGACAGUGGUUCAUUGAGCAAGUCAAAAGAUUUUGCCAAUGAGAUCCGUGCACUAACAAAUAUAAGGCAUCGUAACAUCGUGAAGUUGUAUGGAUUCUGUUCACAUACACAACAUACUUUCUUGGUGUAUGAAUUCUUGGAAGGUGGAAGCUUGAUGCAGUUAUUGAGCAAUGAUGAAACAGCAUCCAUGUUCGAUUGGAUCAAGAGGGUAAACAUGGUCAAAGAUGUGGCAAAAGCAUUGUCCUACAUGCAUCAAGAUUGUUUGCCUUCUAUAGUUCAUCGAGAUAUAUCUAGCAAAAACAUUUUGUUAGAUUCCGAGUAUCAAGCUCACAUUUCUGACUUUGGCGCUGCAAGAUUCCUGAGGCCUGAUUCAUCUAACUGGACUUCAUUCGCAGGAACUUAUGGAUAUGCUGCCCCAGAACUUGCUUAUACUAUGGAAGUAAACGAAAAAUGUGAUGUUUAUAGCUUUGGAGUCUUAGUUUUGGAAGUGAUUAUGGGGAAGCAUCCGGGUGAUUUCCUAAUGGCAAUUUUGUCAGCAUCAUCAUCUGCCCAUGGCAUUCUACUGAAAGAUAUUCUGGAUUCUCGAAUUCAAUCUUUGACAAAGCAAAUAGAAGAGCAAUUGAUGUUGGUGGCAAAAUUAACUUUGCUAUGUGCGGAUCCCAAUCCUCAGUUGAGGCCUACGAUGAAACAAGUUUCUGUUCAUCUGCUGAAAAAAAGGCCGUCUCUAGCAAGCAUGUUUCCUGUCAUCACAAUUGCAGAACUUAUGGCUCUUGACUUGUCUGAUUUCUGAACUUCUUCUGUAUAUUACAGCAAUUUUAGUGUUCCCAUGAAUCCAUCUGUUUUUGACAUUUAUCAUUGUCAUCACCAAUAUGUAACUGCAAACUUUU